UGUUGUUUGGGUUUUAUUUGAGGUCUAUGUAAAACCGUUAUUAGCAAAAAGAUAUGGCAGCCCCACCGCACCAUUUCAUGCAAAACUUGAAUAUGCCGGGGCAGGGCGGAAUGCGUGGUACUUUCGGUCCCGGGCCAAUCCAAAACAGUUUAGGAGGAACUGGAAUGCAAAACACCAUGCCCAAUCAAAUGGCCAGCCCGAUGGGUACCCCCAUAAUGGGGCAGAUUAAUAAUCCGUUAAACGGAGCCAUGAGCCCCAUCAAUACUCAACUGAAUGCGGCUAUGAAUCCUGCACUGAACAGUAAUUCCGCGAUGCUCAGUCAGAUGAACCAACAAUACAGCAUGAAUAGUCCAAUCAGUGGCAACAUAAGCGGUUCUAUAACCCCAAUGUCAGGAAACCAAAUGGUGUCCCACCAAACCCCACCAAUGCCCAUGCAGCAGAGGCCCAUAGUUUCAGAAUUUACUCCAGGACUCAACCAUCAUGAGAUGACUCAAUCCCAGACCCCAGGUGUGACACCUACUCCGCCUUCUCAUACGCCUCAACAACAGCAAUCUAAAGAGUUCAAUACGGCAUCCUUAUGCAGGUUGGGACAAGAGACGGUGCAGGAUAUUGUUAGUAGGACGCAGGAAGUGUUUCAAACACUGAAAGCUAUUCAGCCUCCCAGCGGUACGACGCAAUCGUCAACUGCCAGUAAUGAAAAGAAAGCGAAGGUUCAGGAGUUGUUGCGCACCAUACGCGUCCUGUUCAAGAGGCUGCGAUUAAUAUACGAGAAAUGUAACGAAAACUGCCAGAUUCAAGGUAUGGAGUACACCCACAUCGAGAGCUUGAUUCCGUUCCGCGACGAACUGGAUCCGAAACACGAAGAGAAGAAAAACUCGGAAACGUACAGGCUGGCCUGCGAGGAGAGCAAAGAAGUAAUGGAGCAAGUGAUACUGAAGAACAAGCAGUUGAAAGAAGUGAUAGAUCAUUUGAGGCGCAUCGUGUGGGAGAUCAACACUAUGCUGACCAUGAGGAAAUCGUAGGAAGCACGUCGAGUUUUGACGAGGGAUACUGUUUUUUUUUUAAUGUAAAAAAUGGAAAGAUCUUAAAAAAUCGUUUGCGGGGGGCGGAGCUAAAGGAGGGAUUGGCAUAUAGUCUUGGAUCUUUUGGUUCCCUAGAACUUAAAAAAGGACUUUGGGAAAAGUUUAUAUUUAGAGAUUAAAGCCUAUAUAAAAAAAGUAAAUACAGGGUGGCCCCAAAUAGUGUGACAAAGUAUACUCGGAACAAAGUAGUGUGUCGCAUAGGUGACUCAUAUUAAAAUAUUUAAAUAUUCUGAGAAAAUUCUAUGUAUGUUCAUGUGAAUAUGUAUAUAUUCUAAGAAUCCCCAAAUGGUUUUGCAUAGAAUAUUCUAUAUUUCAUCAAUUCUUACUAUCCACACUUUUUCCUAGAAUACGCAUAGAAUAUUGAAAAAGAUAUAUUUGAGUGUUCUGUAAAUAUUAGUUGCUCCUGAUGAUGUUCUCAGAAUAUGCCAAAGGCCAGGGUUUGUUCAUAUUCUAAGAAUGUAGAUUUAAAAAAAAACGAAAAUAUAUUUAAAAACUAUAGGGGUCAACACAAAAUUUGACUUUGAUUUUGAAACAUAAAAUUUCGAUAUUUUAGGUCGUUAUUAGAUGGAAAAAAAUGACAAAAGGUUAUAUAUUUAAUAAAUAUAUAAUAAAUAAAAUAAAACCAUCCAAAUAAAUAUGUUUAUAAGUUCUAUUAUCGAAAUAAAUAAUUGAAAAGUGUACGCUUUUCUUUUAUGUUCAUAAGUAGUUUCUCUGAAUAAACCGCAAAUAUAAUCUCCCGUUUUCAUUGCAAUUGUACGAAUCAAAUGUAUUGAUAACAUUGUCCGAAGCCCAUAAUGUACUGAUGAAAACAGUCUCCCAUGUUGUUUAAAUUUAUGUACAUUCAAAAACUAUUGCUUCAAAACUGUUUUAACUUGCGUUUUGAAUACGAUUUAGCAGCGUUGGAAAUUUUUCAUCAACGAAAAUCUGUCUUAAUUUGCAGACCAACAAAAACUUCAUCAUUAGCCUUUGCUUCAGAUAACUUCGGUGAAGACUUUCAAGUACUCAAAAGCUUCUGAAGUUUCAUCCAAUUUCUUAACAAGUUGUUUCAUUAACCCCCUAACAUUAAAAACCCCGCCAUCUUAGUCUCCAAUCAGCUGCCCUUUAUACCGCUUACGGAUUCAAGCAAGAUUUUAGCAAUUUCAUAAAUUUCUUUUAAAUGUACUGAGUGGCCGACUUGGAAAGAUGGGAAUUUAUUUCUGUUCUGUAAUAAAGCAGCUUUGUAGAACUGUUAAUAAAUAAUUCGAACACAGGGUAUGUCAAUUUCUUCGAACAUAGCAUUUAUGCUAUUUUUACAUCAUCAAGCAAAUUCCGUUGUUUUAAGGGAGAUUCUAAAAGCUCUGCUUUCUUUUUUUGGCAAAUUUAAAUCUCUUAUCAGUCGUUAAAUUCUUCUGAAGUAAUGAGAUUGCGUUUUGGUUGUUCUAGUGCAUGUAACAACUCCUUAUCAAAAUUACUUUUAUUGGCGCAGAAGAAGAUUCAAGAUAGGGGUAUUAGAUUGGUUUUGCAGUUUUACCUUUACGUCUUUUACUUGGAUUCAAAAUGCAAAAGUAGCAGUCAUUGACGUGGCCUUUUGGUUGUGUCCAGAUUCUUGCUAUUGCAAAUGUCAUAGACCUUUUCUAACUUCGAUACUAUAGGUUCGUGGAUCUUGAAUAAUACACCACUUUCCUGGACUUGGGCGAUCUAUUAUUAAUAAAAUUGUUAAAUAUAUUCCACAGGGCACGUUAAGGCCUGUCAUCACAUUUCC